UCAGACUACCAUUCUCUUAGCGUUUGAAUUUCCAAGUUUUAAUUCUUAAAAUAAAAUUUAAAAAAAAAAAAAAAAGAUUCGCAGAGGCCAGAAACACGAUGAGCGUGAACAUAACCUCCAUCAAAAUCGCCUCCAAUGGCGUCUGGCAAGGCGACAACCCCCUCCACUUCGCUUUCCCUCUCUUAAUCCUUCAGUCCGUCCUCAUUCUCCUCCUCUCCCGCCUCCUCGCCCUCCUCCUCAAACCUCUCCGGCAGCCCAAAGUCAUCGCCGAAAUCGUCGGUGGGAUUCUUCUGGGUCCGUCGGCGCUCGGCCGAAACAAAGCUUAUUUGCACCGGAUUUUCCCUCAAUGGAGCACUCCGAUUCUCGAAUCCGUUGCCAGCAUCGGUUUAUUGUUCUUCCUGUUCCUCGUUGGACUCGAACUCGAUUUGUCCUCCAUUCGUCGCAGCGGUCGGAGGGCUUUCGGAAUCGCCCUCGCCGGAAUCUCUGUCCCUUUCCUCUCCGGUAUCGGAGUAGCCUUCAUCCUCCGUAAAACCGUAGACGGCGUUGACAAAGUCGGCUAUGGUCAAUUCAUUGUAUUCAUGGGUGUCGCCUUGUCCAUCACUGCCUUCCCUGUUCUUGCUCGCAUUUUAGCUGAGCUUAAGCUCCUCACUACCCAAGUCGGCGAAACCGCCAUGGCUGCUGCUGCGUUUAACGACAUCGCCGCUUGGAUUCUCCUCGCACUUGCGGUGGCUCUCGCCGGUAACGGCGAAGGUGGGGCCCAAAAGAGUCCGUUGGUGUCAGUGUGGGUCCUACUUUCCGGAGGUGCGUAUGUCGUUUUCAUGAUGGUGGUUAUUCGUCCCGGAAUGAAAUGGGUUGUGCGGCGGUGUUCGUACGAGCACGAUGCUCUGGGCGACGCGUAUAUCUGUUUGACGUUAGUGGGGGUGUUGGUGUCGGGAUUCGUGACGGAUUUGAUCGGAAUUCAUUCGAUUUUUGGGGGUUUUGUGUUUGGAUUGGCGAUUCCGAAAGGGGGAAGGUUUGCGGAGAGAUUGAUUGAGAGGAUUGAAGAUUUUGUGUCGGGUCUUCUUCUUCCUCUGUAUUUUGCUUCCAGUGGGUUGAAGACGGAUGUGGCUAAGAUUAAAGGGGGCAGAGCGUGGGGGCUGCUGGCGUUAGUUAUCUCCACUGCGUGCGCCGGUAAGAUUCUGGCGACAUUUGUGGCGGCGAUGGCGUUUCUGAUCCCGGCGAGAGAGGCGUUGGCGUUGGGGCUUCUUAUGAACACUAAAGGCUUGGUUGAAUUGAUUGUUCUCAAUAUUGGCAAAGAGAAAAAGGUUUUGAACGACGAAAUCUUCGCCAUUUUAGUGUUAAUGGCACUGUUCACAACAUUCAUCACUACCCCCACCGUGAUGGCGGUUUACAAGCCAGCCCGCGGCGGCUCCACCCCACGAACCCACCGGAAACUCCACGACCUGUCGGGCGACGACGAGCUUCGGAUCCUAGCCUGUCUCCACAGCUCUGGCAACGUGCCGUCCCUCAUGGGUCUGACCGAAGCGACUCGCAGCACAAAAAACUCAUCCCUCAAACUCUUCGUGAUGCAUCUGGUCGAGCUCACCGAGCGGUCUUCGUCCAUCAUGAUGGUCCAACGCGCCCGCAAAAACGGCUUUCCUUUCUUUGCCAGGUUCCGGAAGGCCGGUGAGUGGCGCGACCAGAUGGCUGCUGCCUUUCAGGCCUACAGCCAACUGGGUCGGGUUAAGGUCCGCCCCACUACGGCCGUCUCUUCCUUGGCCACUAUGCAUGAGGAUAUCUGCCACGUGGCGAACGAGAAGAGGGUCACGAUGAUCAUCUUGCCAUUCCAUCGGAAUUGGAGGGUGUUUGACGGCGACGGCAAGGAAGAGGAGGAGAAUGUGGGCCAUGGCUGGAGAGUUGUGAACCAACGGGUUCUGAAGAAUGCGCCUUGCUCCGUGGCGGUUCUUGUGGACCGUGGAUUUGGGGCCAAUACGGUUCAUACGCCUGGGCCUGGGCUCAUGGUUGGUGUGGCCCAAAGGAUUUGUAUCGUGUUUUUUGGUGGGCCCGAUGACCGGGAGGCGCUGGAGUUGGGUGGCCUGAUGGCGGAGCAUCCGGCGGUGAAGGUCACGGUGGUAAGGUUCCGGCCGUCGCCAUCGAAUGGGUUUGAGGGUAGCAACUUCAUUUUACGCCCCAUGCACUCCAAAUCUGGCGACAACCGUUAUAGCUUCUCCACAGAUCCAAUCAACCGGGAAAAAGAAAAGGAGUUAGAUAAUGUAGCACUGACGGAAUUCAGAAGCAAAUGGGAUGCAACAGUUGAGUACACAGAGAAGGAGGCCAGCAACACGAACAUGAUAGUCGAAGGGGUGGUGGGCAUUGGAAAGGAAGGUGGUUAUGACCUAGUCGUGGUCGGGAAGGGUCGGGUUCCCUCCAGCAUGGUGGUGAAACUAGCGGACCGACCAGCAGAGCACGCAGAGUUGGGGCCAGUAGGGGACAUACUAGCCAGCUCGAGUAGGGGAAUAGUAUCAUCAAUACUAGUAAUUCAACAACAUGGAGGAGGUGGUCAUGCAGAAGAAGCUCUGGUUUUGAAGAUAGCAGAAUCGAGUAAGAACGAACAGCCCUUGGCAAUCGAUGGGGCUUCAACUAAUGUAUAAUAUCACAAGUGUCUUCAACUUUAUUACAUUAUAAUUGGUAGUUAACUGUAUCAGUUUACUCUCCAUUUCAUAGAAAAGAUAACAUAUUAUUAUUUCAAUUUC